UGGACGUUGAUUGUAGUAGUGGAGUGCGAAGGGAGCGUGCUACCGUGCGUUCCACUAUUUAUAAUCAAAUGGGUUUCGUUGGUGUGCGUGUGUGCACACGUUAUGCACCACACUAACACAAGGGGACGCGUCGAGCGAGGCAAUGAUGUGCACGAAGUAUUAUCCCUUAUUACACGAUUCGCUUCCGCGCCGGCCGCACGUGCAAUAGUCGUCUGUCGACCUCUUUUGUAGAGCGGCGUGCGAAGUCAGUUUGUUUACAUCGGUUAGCCGCAGCGAUGCAUAGUGCGUUAGUUAGCGCGAUUGUGUCAUCGACCGUGCGCUGGUUACACCUAAAUUGCGAGUGAUUUACGGACAAUGCACCGCAUGAGUUUUUUGCGGCCAAAACUUUUUGUGAACUUGUGAACUUUUGAGGUCGGAACUUUACCUGUGAUCUCAUUAUCGCCAAAUUGAACUGUGUAUAUUUUCUAUUUCGGACCUUGUGCCAUUCGGUGUGUCAAAGUGAACUUUUUGAGUGAUAUUUUCGCAAAAUUGACUUUUGAAAAAUUUUCACCACGAAAAAUUUUUGUACCACUUGAAGAUUUUUCUGAAUUGUCGGAGAGAGAUAUUUUGAUCUGAAAAAUAUUUUUAGACGAAAGAAAAUCUUUGAAAAAUUUGGAGAAAACUUUUUGACUGAUUCAAAAUUUUUACAAAGUCGAAGAUUUGGAUUCAAAAGCGGAGAGGAGUUGAACACAAACAGGGACACAGCAUUUAUGCAUAACAAACAAACAGCUAUCUGUCCACGUUUCUUCCGUAGAAAAAGACGUUGCGAUAAACAAAGAUGGCUAUAGCAUUCAACUUGCCGAGUGAAAGAGAGGCAACAGAGGAGAACUUUUCGCGGCUGAACCGGCUCCUAGCCGAGCUGUACGAAGUUCUGUGCCACAUCUUGGUCUCACGACAGCCUGGGCAAGAAGUCCAGGAGAAUAGGCGAGAACGUCCAUACUCCGAAUCGGACAUCCCUCAACCAACGCCCCAAACCCAGCAGUGUCGCCGAUCAGCAUCAUCACCCCCUCUCACUCUAACCCUCGAUUCUGACCUAGAGGACGAUGUCUUCGCACCAAGAUCUGACAGAACCAACGACCUAUUUACCACUAGGAACCUGGACAUCUUCGGCUAUGGAAGUCCUAGGACCCCAGCUGGAGUGCUUCUAAGUCCUAGGCGAGAGAGGACGUUCAGCUUUUCGAUGACCAGUGAGAAGCAUUGGAGGGAUAAGGGAGGAACGGAUGUUGCUGAUGGAGUGACUCCUGAUGAAAUGAGUGAUGCUGAGUGCGAUAGAGAUAUUUUAGAUGAGACGGACGCCCCAAAACCUGAGGAGAAGGAGGCAGAAGGAUCCAUCUUCUCUUCAAUAAUCCCUGAUAAGCUGUCAGGGUCUAUCUGCACAGCCGUACUCUUCAUGCUAGGAUGGAAACUGUUCUCCAAUAAACGGUGAACUAAUUCAUUAAAGAGAUGUUGUGAUGGGAUUUUCAUAUAGACAAUGUAUUAUUAAAAUAUGUGACUUUGUGUAUUAUUCUGUGUUUGAGUAUUAUUAAAUUCAUUUUGAAAUUGUAUUUUUUCAUAAAUUCUCAUGUCGAAAAAUUACUUUUUAGUUUUAUUAUUCAAAAUUGUAUUUUAUUUUACAUUUUGUGUAUUGUCGUAUAUUUUAAUAAUACAUUGUCUUUUCAUUAAAAAUAAGCGUACGAUGAAUAAAUUAAAAUGUUAUUCUCUGCGCUACGCUUUUUGCAAUUUGUACAUUUUAUACGGAUUAUUAAAAUAAUCCUAAUUUUGUAUUAUUAUUAUUAGACGUAAUAAUACACGGCUUUAAUAUAAAGUUGUGUGUUUGUGUAUCGUCUGUCGAACGCACACAUGUAUUUGUAUAAUAUACGUAGUGAUUUGAUAGAUAAAAAGAAGUUUGGUCCAUGGCAAAAAUGCUGCUUUAAUAAUACACUUAAUGGCACUAAAAUGGCUACUAUUAAGCAUUAUUUUUAUAGAUCAAAGAAAUCAAAAGAUUUAUUUUUUUCUAAAACAACGAAAAGCGACCACAAUAAAGAUAAAUUAACAAAAAAAACUUUUAAUGAGUUGAAGUUAUGUAUGUAGUAUGUUAUAAAAAUUUGAAGCUAGCACAAUUUGCACAAAAUUAAUGUCAAUUUAAUAAAAUUUGCUGUUGUAGUAUAUGCCUAAAGAACAUAAUAAUAUUAAAUAACCAUUAUAAUAAUAAAAUAUAUUGAAAUGUCAAUUUACAUUCCGCUUUCAAUGUAUCCAUAAAUAUCUCAUUAAUAUAAGAAAUAAAAUACAAUAAGAAUUUAUCUAUGUAUUCAGAAGAAUGGACCAGCGAUGUUAUAGAAAAAUAGAUUUUAUUUAAAACAAGAAAUAAAGUCCGUUUUCCGAUAAAUUGUUCCAAAGAGAGCAGCCUAAAAAUUAUUAUCGAUUGAUCUCAUUUUUUUUUAUUAUUGUGUGUAAUGGAAAUGUUUAUUUUAAUAAAUAUUUUAGAGUUAGACCCUGCAUGGUGAGUGCCAAGUUAAUCGAUGGAGAUUUUAUGAUGAGAUGGUAUAUUUUCAUAGUUAUUAUCAUUAAUUGUAUAUACUUUAAUAAUUAAGGUUGAUUGAUAAGCUCUGUCAUGUCGGAUCGGAAGGGUGAUUUUCUAUCAGAGAUGUGCUAUGUAGCUAUGCUAUGAAGAUGUAUUAGUUAAGUCGUGUGUUAAACUAUGUCAUCGUUUCCACUAAUAUUAAGCUAUGUAUUGAAGAAAAUGCGCAGCUCGAGUAUGGGAUGUAUCGGUAUUAGGGAAACCAUCCAGAGCACACAUAAAUAGCACGCAUCUUUCCAUGUAGAAAACACAACAUAGCUGAGUCCGUUACCGCCAGUGCUAAGCUAUGUGUACCAAUCAAUAUGAGAGGUGGAAACCAAAUGCAUCCACAGCAACGUAGCAUAGCACAUCUCCGGUGGAAAAGCGCUCUAAAACAAUUAGUUAAAAUUACGUUCAUUAUUUGAAUGAUUAAUAGAUAUUGUUUUGACAUCAAUUUGUAAUUUAAAUUUUACAAAAUGGAUGAAGUAAUUGGAUAAGCUAGGGUAAUUUUAAAUUAGUAGGUAUUUGAACACAUUGAUUUUUAUGAGAAAAGGAUUUUAAUUCAUCAUUGAGUGCUGUUUUAUUUAAAAUCAUAAGCUUAAAUGUACUGUAAUUACAAUUUGCUCUGUUUUUCUUGUCAAGAACUACAACGAUGCAUUUUUUUUUGUCACAAAUAAAUAGCUGGAUACACGACAGAGAGGUUAUGAUGGAUAUUUUUCAUAGAUUUAACGAUAAUAGUACCUAAGUAAAGUAAAAUACUCCACAUAGUUUUGCUAGCUGCUAACUCAUACCGAUAAGUUACAUACGAGGCUUUGAAUUUAAAAAAUACAGUUCAAUAAAAAUACAUUAUAAUUCCAAAAUUACAAUCAAAUACAAUUCAGUUACAAUACAAAUACAAUUCAGUUCGCAU